CCAGAAAGAAUUGUUCUUUGAAAAAUAAAUAUUAAUUGUUUUUACAGCGUAGAAGACUCGUUGUUUAUUGUUUGCAAAGCCAGCUUCAGCAGUAUGGAGCGGAAAAGAAAAAGCAUUAUUAUAACUUGGAAGAUAGAGAAUGUUAAAUGCAUUCAUCAGCAGAAAAUGGAACUGUACAGUCCUGAGAUUUCGAUGGAUGAAAUGGACGGAACCAAGUGGAAAUUAGGGGUGCUUGAAAUAGCAGGUUCAGAAAUUUCGUUAUGUGUAAAAAGAGAAGAAGAUAAUGGUUUGCAAGAAUUCGGCUUAUUUUACCAUUUUUCAGUCAAAACACCUCAAGGAAUAUUUUCAACUCCAAAAAGAAUUUAUGGAUACAUAUUUAAAAAGAAUGAAAGGUGCUCAAUGAUUAGAAUAGAUACGAAAAAUUUGGAUGAUCAAAAAAUGGAUACAAUUCUCACUCUUGAGGAUCUUACCAUCCAUUGCAAAAUAUGGAAGCAACAAGGAUCCUUCUUGAAGUCAGUCAAGUUCUUCGCUAAAACUCGACUGAAGAUAGAGCAUUGUAUGUUCGAUGGAAAUGUUAGAAAUUUUAGCUCUUUUCCUAGUGAGGAAAUGGCAACAUUGAAGACAGUAUCUUCAUCUUCAGGAGAAAAAUUGGUGACAGUGAAAUUUUUCUUUCGAAAUUACUCAAUGGGAAUAAUUUUCGAAGCUAUGGAUAAAGCAAAUAAACGAUUUUAUCAUUUCAAAUUGCACGUCUUGGAUUGCUCAGGUAAUAAGAUAGAUAAUGUGAAAUUGAAACGAAAAUUUGUAUUGAACUCCACUGAAAGAGUUUACUUACCAUCUCUUUCGGUGAAUGAGCUGAUAAAAAAUAAAGACCAGUACUUGAUAAAUGACACUCUUUCCAUGCAGUGUGAAAUCACUUUUUAUUCUGGAAUAGAAUGUGAGCAAAUCGAAUGGGCUGAAUAUGAAACUGAUUUUACAAGAGCAGUGGAAUCUCUGACAUCCAAGUUGGGUAGCCCUUGCGAUGUCAAGCUUCAGACAGAUACCGAAACAUUUCCAGCUCACACAGCCAUUUUGAGUGCCCAUUCUCCUGUAUUCGAAGCUAUGUUUAACACUAACAUAAAAGAGACUAUUAAAAAAUGCGUCCACAUCGAUGACAUUGACGCAGCGACUGUAAAACGCAUGCUUGUGUUUCUGUAUACUGAUACCUUGGGAGAAUUAACAUGGAAAAAAGCUACUAAACUCUAUUUCUCAGCAGUCAAGUACCAGAUACUUUCCCUGAAGGAGGAAUGUACGAUGCGCUUGAAGCAGAGUAUAAGUGUGUCUAAUUGCUGUGACCUUUUGCUUUUGGCCGAUCUGUAUCAAGAUAAAUAUUUGAAGAGGGCAGUGAGGGAUUUCAUAGCUCAUCACGGCGAAGAAGUUCUUUUUUGUGAACAGUGGAUGGAUUUGGAGGACAGCCAGCCCAAAGUGGCAAUCGAAAUUUUACGUGAUCUAUUUGUAGAAGAUUGCUGGAUAUAUAUCUUUUGACUUUAAUUAUAUUCCUGCUGAAUCGAUUUCUCUAACUGUUGUGUCCUAUUGAUUCUGGCCGAUAUGCACCAAGAUGAAGAUUUGAACACAGCUGUGAAGACCUACAUACUUCAAUAUGCCUCAGAGAUCCUUCACUGUGAUCAGUGGAGAAAUUUAGAAAAGAACCUUCCCCAGUUGGCAAUUGAAACUUUACGUGGCUUACUUCUGGAUAUCAGGUUGUGACUAUGACUGUUCUUAUUUAUCAUGUUAUUAUUUUCAUCAAUGGAGUAUUUUAUGCAAUUCUAUUAAUUUUAUCCAAUGACAGGUUAGUAAGUCUGGAAUGCUUAAAUGGGUUUUUUUCGAUCAUUUCCUAUAUAUUAGAUGUACAUCUGAUGUAUGAAAACCUGUUUUGACACUACUUUAACAGUAGAAUUUUUUAAUGGUAAACGAUUAUUUAGUUUAUGUUUGCUAUUAAGUAUUUUCUUCUAAGUGUUAUUGGAAUAUAAAGGAAAUUACUUCUUUAACCGGCUAACCCGUACCUGGAGACGGGAGUCAAAAUGCCACCGCGUUGUUCAUUAGCUUUGAUUAUCACGUGGUAUUUUGUCCUUGAAUACAAUCAUCUCCUCAGUACCAUCAAGUUGUUCUUUCAGCAGUA